AUGGCGCAUGAUAGUGAGUGGAAAGGUGGAAAUUCCCACAAUGUGACGGAGAGCGUUUUGAAUGAGUUGUGCCGUGGUUCGGUGGACGCCAACUCGGACAGUUCGCUUCCGGAUCGGUCCGACUCGGUGAACGACCUUCGCUCCCUGACCCAACUGGGCGCACAACUAUUCACACAGGGCUGUUCUGGUGUACGUGUCGUACUUCCGGCCACAGUAGCGGACGUGCAAUCCCUUGGCGGUUACGCUUUCCCAGGAUUUGGCUCACACAGUUCCAAAUCUCGGUUUGCUUACUUGAAUGCGGCCGCAGCGAUCGGACAGACUGCCGAAGAGUUGGAUGUGUUUCUAUCCAAACUUGAUAAGGUCUUCGCACAAUUCCGAAAAUCUCAGUCCUCCCGGAAGAUGGUGGAAAACCCAGCCAACUAG